AUGGGCUACGGCAUACCCCUCAUCGAAGCUGAAAACAUGAAGUUUCUCGCUGCAAAUAGCAAAGUUCCAGUCCCAAAAGUCCACGCAGCCUUCCGCGACCCCGACACCAAUAAGACUUAUAUUAUCAUGGAAUAUCUCCCAGGUCAUACACUUGAAAAAUUAUUACCAUCCCUUGACCCUGUCGAAAAAGCCACAAUAAGCAACUUGAUUAAAGACGCCAUUACGGAGCUACGCAGUAUACCAGCACCUUCGGGAUGUUGA